AUGCCAUCAUUACAGUUUAAUUUUAUAUUGUUUCUGCUAACUGUUGAAUAUGUGCAACAAAUAGCAAGCCAAUGUCCAGCACCAUUUAUUAAUGAUAGUAUUACAGAUUUCUGUUAUUACUAUGCAAGCAACAAUUUAUCGUGGUCCGAUGGUUAUAAUCAGUGCUUAAAUAAUAACACUGAUGCACUUUUGAUUCAAAUAUUUACGAUGCAAGAUUUUAGUAACUUAAAAAACGCCAAUAUUAGCGGAAAAGAUCCUUUUUGGAUAGGCGCAAAUAAUUUUGCCUCAUUUCGCGAUUCUCACUGGCAUUGGCUCGAUGGAUCUGUUGUUAGCGAUUCGGUCAUUACAUGGUGUCCCAAUAGUACAUAUGAUGUCGCAAUAGGUACUUAUUGUGCAGCAUAUGAUAGUACUUUAAAAUGUGUCAAUAAUUAUUUAUGCAGUACUCUGUUACCAGCUCCAUGUGUCAUAACAAAGAAUAACAUAGCACAACAAACGAAAAGUAUUUUGGAAUCUCGUCUAUUAAGUACUAAUACAUGUGCCAAUUUAUAUGAAGGCGAUUAUGCAAAUUGGUGGACAUAUUCUAUUUUACUUCUCAAUUGGUUCAUACUUUUCUGUUUUAUUCUUUAUUUAAGUAAUCAUUUUAAUAUCAAUAAGCGUGCAGUUAUGUUAACAAUAUUUAUUGUUAUAUUAUCAUUUAUGAUGAUUAUUGCAUUUUCUAUUUUAUGGGGUGUACAAUAUCAAAACAUUAUAGAAAUACCAUUAGUUAUCGUGACGCUUGGUAGUGCAGCAAGUGCAAUUCUUCUUAUUAAUAUUUUAAUUCUUGUGUCAAAUCGUACUCGAGUACAAAAAUGGAUGCCACCUAUGAUUCUAGUAAUUUUAACAAUCAUUAUUGAAUGCUUAUUAAUGCUUGGUCUUAUUCUCUGUACUGCAUAUUGUUCAGCGUAUAUUACAUUACCAUCAACUACUCUUGAUAAAGAUAUUAUUGCAUCACUUUUAUCUGCAUUAGUUGCUGCCAUAACUGUUUUAUCCGUUCAUGCAAUUUUAGCUUUGAUAGAUCAAGAUCAUGUAUAUGCUGCAGCAUCUAAUAAAACAAGUCCAAACAAUCCAAACACAGUCACUGGAAGACAAACGCUUGUUCCUCGUCCAAUAACAGCUAAUAGAUCUGACAGAGUUGAUCGUACAACAUCACCUGUUGAUGAACGUAUUUUAAAUGAAUUCUAUACUGAUCAUCCUAAAGAUGUACAUCAAUAUAAUUUGGAAGGAAGACAAUAUGUUGUUUAUGAAGGAAUAAAGUCAAUUAAUAUUGAUGCAUAUAGAAAAGAAUUAGCACAAGCAAUGCUAUCACAAGAAACACAAGGUUUACAUGAAGCAAUUUUUCAUGCUAAAAAUUCUAGUCACGCUACGGCACUAGCUGAAGAAAUUCAACAAGCUGAAAGUUUAUUGAAUCGAUUAAAAUAA